GCCAAUCCGAGCUGAGUGCCGCUGGUACGGAACUAUGUAAUCCGGCGAUUCAUUGAGGCAACUUCAUUCGGCCCGCGCGCUGCUGCCAUGACGGUUUUCGGUCACCAUAAGCUCAGCAGCAUCAAGUCGAUGAAAUUGUUCAUCUGCUUAGUUGGCGUAACGUCGUUCCUGCUGCUGAUAUUCUGUCUGUACACUACAAUUAGUACGCCGGAGAAGGAAGUGGCACCGCUCUCGCUGCCCAACGAUGGGUACCAGAAUGUGGUCUCGUACGAGUUGCGGCGCAGCCAAACGAUCGUUCCGGAAAAGUACAAUGAGCGGGAGGUGAGGGAACGAAUCAUUCGCGAAAAAAUCAAACGACUGGUGGGGAGCAACAAGCCACCACAGGGCGCCAUCGCGGGACGGUCCACGUCUUCGGACCAUCGGAACAGAACAUUCACCAAGAGCCGGAACGUGCACAUCUUUUACCACGGCUCGGUGGCGUGGUACAAACCGACGGAACCGACGCCUCCGCCGGGCGGCGGUAAGCUAUUGGCGCGCAUUUACGCAAACAGUUCGGUUUCGUUUCGACCGCACGACGAGCCCACCGCCAUCAAUACGGCUUUCUAUCCGAAGCGAAAACUGUACAACACCAGCGAAGCCAUCGUGCGCGAGCAUUUCGAUGAAAUUCAGAACUGUGGCAUCGGUACGGUCGUGCUUGGUUGGGAGCCACACUUUUCCGAGUACCAGCUGCGAAUGAUCUUCCAAGUGGCACACCAUUUCGAUCUCAAAGUGGCCAUUGAAGUGCUAGAGUACCCAGAUCGAACGAUCGAAAGCAUACGAAGCAAUAUCAAGUACUUCGUGGACACAUUUGGCGACACAACCGGCUCGCUCUGCUACUACCGUGUGCUCUCGAAACAACGUAAUCUGCCGCUGUUCUACGUGCGAAAAGCGUACCGCAUACUGGACUCCGACUGGAAGCGGCUGCUGACCCGCAACGGAAUCCUCUCUAUCCGGGGCACAAGCUACGACGCGAUUGUGUUGGCCGCGAUCGCCUCCGAGGACCACAAAUCGAUGGUCCGGCGGGCUGGGUUCGACGGGUUCUACACGUAUCUGCCGAGCAAUGGUGCCAGCUAUGCCUCCACGUGGAAGAAUUGGAAGGAUCUGAAAAAGUUU